GUAAUUUGUAAUGUUGCACAUUUAACCAUUGUUAUUGCUAAUUAAGAUCGUAGAGUAAUGCGUUAUCAAAUUAUAAAGAAUUGCAUCAACCAGAAAUUUACACACCACACGAUUCCAACAUUUUACGUUUACACCAAAAAUAACAGCCAAUGUGAUUAUACUGCUAUUAAUUCAUUUCAUUUCUACUAUAAAAACGAUUCGAGCUUAGUACAAGUCAACAAUUCUUGGAUCACUCUACAUCUGGCAUCUCUACACUCGAACAACAUGAUAAAAAAUAGUACUAUUCACUUCCUUUUUCUAUUCAUCCUCCUUAACAUUCUCGUGUUCAAUGUUCAUUUAACCAAAUCAAAACCAUAUCCCAAAUUCCCAUGUCAUCCACCUCAUCACAAAUAUGAUUUUUGCAACAAAAAAUUGUCAAUUCCCACUAGAGUUAACUCCCUAAUCUCCUUACUAACCAUUGAUGAAAAAAUAUUACAUCUAAGUGAUAAUACAUCUUCGAUACCAAGACUUGGUUUACCAUCAUAUGAAUGGUGGUCGGAAUCUCUUCAUGGUAUUGGUACUAAUGGACCUGGAAUCAAUUUCGAUGGCCCCAUUAGAGGCUCCACUAGUUUCCCACAAGUUAUUCUUACUGCAGCUACUUUUAACAGAAGUUUAUGGCAUUCAAUUGCUAAAGCUAUUGCAGUUGAGGGAAGGGCUAUGUAUAAUACUGGUCAAUCUGGGCUUACAUUUUGGGCACCGAAUAUUAAUGUUUUUAGGGACCCAAGAUGGGGAAGAGGUCAAGAAACUCCUGGGGAAGAUCCAAUGGUGAUUUCUACUUAUGCUAUUGUGUAUGUGAAGGGAUUUCAAGAAGUGGAUUUGAAGGGCGUUGAAGGAAGUGGCGGUGGAGGAAAGAGGAGGGUUCUUGAGGAAGAUGAUGGCGAUAGGUUGAUGUUAUCAGCUUGUUGUAAGCAUUUCACUGCUUAUGAUUUGGAGAAAUGGGGUCAUGUUACCAGAUACAACUUCAAUGCUGUGGUGACCAAGCAGGAUAUGGAGGACACAUUUCAGGCACCUUUUCGUAGUUGUAUCCAACAAGGUAAGGCCAGUUGCUUGAUGUGUACCUACAAUAGUGUGAAUGGAGUACCAGCAUGUGCAGAUAAGGAGCUCUUAGAUAAAGUCCGAACAGACUGGGGGUUUGACGGAUACAUCACCUCUGAUUGUGAUGCUGUGGCUACUAUAUAUGAAUACCAUAAUUACACCAAAAUGCCAGAAGAUGCAGUUGCUAUUGCUCUGAAAGCAGGAACGAAUAUAAACUGUGGAACAUACAUGCUGCGACACAUGAAAUCUGCAUUUCAGCAGGGGAGUGUGCUUGAACAAGACCUAGACAGAGCACUUCAAUACUUAUUUUCUGUUCAGUUCCGACUUGGUCUUUUUGAUGGAAACCCUGCAAAGGGACAGUUUGCAAAAUUUGGACCUCAAGAUGUCUGCACUUCUAAGAACUUGAAUUUGGCCCUUGAUGCGGCAAGGCAGGGCAUUGUGCUUCUUAAAAAUGAUAAGAAGUUCUUGCCAUUGAACAAGAGAAGUGUUUCUACAUUAGCUAUAGUCGGUCCUAUGGCAAAUGUGAGCAGUCCGGGUGGUACUUACACAGGUGUUCCAUGCAAAUUUAAGAGAAUCCUUGAGGGGUUUUACCGACAUGUAAAUAGAACACUUCAUGCUGCUGGUUGCCUUGAUGUAGGAUGCAACUCCACCGCUGGUUUCCAGGAUGCUAUUUCUAUUGCUAAAGAAGCUGAUUAUGUAAUUGUUGUGGCUGGGUUGGAUUUAUCCCAGGAAAGAGAGGAUUUUGACCGGUAUAGUCUUCUCUUACCAGGUAACCAAACAAACUUGGUUACCACCCUUGCAGCUAUAAGUAAGAAACCAAUCAUUUUGGUUCUUACUGGUGGUGGACCUGUUGAUAUAUCCUUUGCUGAGAAAGACCCAAGAAUUGCUAGUAUCUUGUGGGUUGCUUACCCUGGAGAAACUGGUGGUAAAGCACUUUCCGAGAUAAUUUUUGGAUAUCAAAACCCAGGUGGAAAAUUGCCCAUGACUUGGUACCUUGAGUCAUUCACCAAAGUGCCAAUGACUUGCAUGAAUAUGAGAGCUGAUCCUGCGAACGGUUAUCCUGGAAGAACCUAUCGAUUUUACACUGGAGAGCCGUUAUAUGGAUUUGGGCAUGGAUUAAGCUUUACAAGCUUCUCUUCACGGCUCUUAUCUGCACCAAAAAGAUUGAGUUUGUCACUUGCUAAAUCUAACUGGAAAAGGAGUAUACUUGUCCAAGAACACAGUAGGCUUGGUUACAUUCAUGUUGAGGAAGUGCCAAGUUGUAGUUUGUCUCAAUUCUUCAUUCAUAUCUCUGUCUCGAAUGAUGGGGACAUGGAUGGAAGUCAUGUUGUGCUGUUAUUCUCACGUGUGCCACAGAAUAUUCACGGUGCUCCACAGAAACAACUGGUGGGAUUUGAUCGUCUGCAUGUCCCAGCACGUGAAUCUGUUGAAACAAGUCUCUUGGUAGAUCCUUGCGAGUUUCUUAGCUUUGCAAAUGACCAAGGCAACAGAAUAUUGGCACUUGGUGAAUAUACUCUCGUUUUAGAUGAUAUUGAACAUGUUGUAUCCAUUGAAAUGUGACACCAUCUGCACAAGAGGUUUUGCUUGCCUGAAAUCUUCACAGAAUAAGAACAUCGUUGUGACCUGAUCCUCAGGUUCUUCUCCAGUCAGUGCCAGAGCAGGAAGUUAAAGAAUUAAGCUCUGGUGACGUUAUCUAGGAUCAAUCAGACCAACUCCUAUGUGGUUUAUUUGUAUGAAGACAGCUUUUAGCAUUUUCAUUUUUUUUCAGGGGAAUAAAUAGAAAGAAUACUCUAUUUGGAUGGAUUAGGAAUAUGUCAAGCAAUGAACAUUUGGAAUCUGUACGCAUUAUUUGUUUUCUCAUCUAUACAAUUACAGAUUCAAUACAAGGAUGUGAAAAGAUUCAUAA